UUAACAACAAUAUCAGUUUCAAUGCAUAAAAUUUCAAGGUUUCAGGUAAAGCCCAAAAUGCAUGCUUCUUUUCCUACAUCUUCUGUUGAAUCUUCGACAUUCGAACCAAAAAGGUCUUUUGUCACUUUUGACGAUAUUGGUGGUUGCGAAUCGCAGUUUAUGGAAGUAUGUCAACUGCUAAUACACUUAAAACGUCCCCAAAUAUAUGAGACUCUCGGUGUUUCGCCACCUGUGGGUCUUUUAAUACAUGGUCCUCCUGGUUGUGGCAAGACCUUGUUUGGUCGGGCUGUUGCUGGUGAAUUCGAUUUGCCGCUGAUUGAAGUUACAUCUACUGAAUUAAUUGGUGGAGUCUCUGGUGAAUCUGAAGAUAAAAUCCGAACUUUAUUCAGUAAAGCCUAUGAUGCUUCUCCUUGCAUAUUAAUGAUCGACGAAAUCGAUGCUAUUACGCCAAGACGCGAAUAUACUUCAAGGGAAAUGGAACGUCGAAUCGUUUCUCAGUUGCUGGCGUGCCUUGACUUUGAAGCUAAGAAUGUGGAACGAGAAUCUCGAUCAGUGAUUAAACAGGUUCUUGUGAUCGGCAUUACUAGCCGAUUGGAUAGCAUUGAUCCUGCCUUACGGCGAGCAAAACGUUUCGAUAAAGAAGUUGCUUUGGGUAUACCGGAUGAAGAGGCUCGAAAAAGUAUUUUAGAGAUUAAUUUAAGAAAUCUUCGAUUGGGCAAAGAUGUGAAUUUUGAAAGAAUUGCCCGUUUAACACCUGGGACAGUGUGGCUAAAAUCGAAAGAUUCAUUUGAUUAUAUUGAUAUCUCAAAUCUUCAAGUAACUAAUUAUGAUUUUGAAAAUGCUCUAACUUCUGUUCAACCAUCAGCGUUAAGAGAGGGAUUUUCAAUGGUCACUGACGUGAAAUGGGAUGAUAUUGGUGCAUUAUGUGAUGUGCGAAAUGAAUUGCAAUGGAGCAUUUUGCACCCUAUAAAACAUCCAGAAGAUUUCAAUUUACUUGCGAUUGAAAGUAAGCCUCAAGGAAUCUUAUUAUGUGGUCCACCUGGUUGUGGCAAAACCUUACUAGCAAAAGCAGUUGCUAACGAAACUGGGAUGAAUUUUAUCAGUAUCAAAGGACCUGAACUGUUGUGUAUGUAUGUUGGUGAGAGUGAGAGAGCUGUCCGAACUGUAUUUCAAAGAGCCCGCGAUUCUUCGCCUUGUGUAAUUUUCUUCGAUGAAAUUGAUGCCCUUUGUCCAAAACGAUCAAAAAUUGAAACGUCUGGAAGCGCUCGUUUAGUGAAUCAACUGUUGACUGAAAUGGAUGGCAUGAGCAAUCGAAAACAGAUUUUUAUUAUAGGAGCUACAAAUCGACCAGAUAUCGUGGACCCUGCUGUUCUUCGUCCUGGUCGCCUUGACAAGGUUAUAUUCGUCGAUUUUCCUACCAGUGAUGAUCGCGUUGAUAUUCUGCUUAAACAGACCAAAAAUGGUACACGCCCACGGAUUGCUGAUGACGUAUCUCUGGUAGAAAUCGCUAAAAACCCAUUAAUGGAGUGGUUUACAGGUGCAGACAUUGCUGCUUUAAUUCACGAAGCAAGCAUUAUCGCGUUACAAGAAAGGAUGUUGAACAAGAAAACCGAUGCAUUAACCAUGAAACAUUUUUUAAUAGCAAUGAAAUCAAUCAGACCAUCGGUGUCUGAGUCAGAUCGUGAGCAUUACAAAAAAAUUAAAGCAAGAUAUGGCAAACGAGUGUCGAAACAGGAAUAA